CGGAAACAGUGUGAAGCUUUUCUCUAACUAACAAUGUCUUCCUUUCCAAAUUCUGAAGAACUAACAGUUGCAUCUGCGAUGAUUCUUCUUCACACAAAACCAAGGUUUCAUUCAAGUUCCGAUUAUGGAGUUCCUGGAGAAAGAAAGAGCAUCAGUUGCAAGCGUUUCAAAGCGAGUUCCGUUUCUACUGUUUCGAAUAGAUCUUCAGCUUCGUCCUCCGUUUUGAUCAUGGAUGAUUCUUCAGAUCAGAGCGAAGAGAUGAAGUCAUAUCCUGUUUCGUUCUUUUCUGCUACUCAUCGUUAUCAUCAGAUGAAGUUCAAGAUUGCGAGAAAGAUUAGGUCGAAGGUAAUGUGGUCAUCCUCUUCCUGCUCCGUCGACCGGAAAGUGAAAACAUGCACCACUACAAAAAUUUCUCCGGCAUCUGCGUCCGGAGAGGCGACGUCGUGUUUGUCAACCACCUCAAGCUCGCGAAGCUUGCGUUAUGCUAACAGAAGUAGAUCUGCGAGUGGAACAGAGAAUGUAAUCCAACGCAACACACUGCCUUCGGUGGCUAAGAACCGCGUGAAGCCUGUUAGUGGAACGCCGCACCUGCGUCGGCGAAGCGAAGCAAUAUUGAAGUUUCUCUCUCAUGGCGGUUCUUCUGAAGUGAGGAUCCGUCAAAUGCUUGGUGAUAGCCCUGACACAAGCAAAGCUCUCCGAAUAUUGCUUAGGGCUGAUGCUGUGAAAAGAUCAGGCUCAGGCGGCCGUCAUGAUCCCUUCGUUUAUUCGUUAACUUAUGUCCUUGAGCCACAAGUUAAGGUUACUAUUAUUAUAAAUUUUGUGUGGAAUGAAACAAAAUUUUAA